GUGGUUCACCAAAGUGACUAAUUACACACGGAGGAUUGUUUUUUGGGGCGGCAGUUUUGUCCACUCAGCAACGAGACUUCCCAUUUCAGUCCUCCGGUGUUUGAGAAGCUCUCCGGUGUUUCCUGCGCUCAGCACCGACUGUCUCUGCCGCGCUGCCAUGGACUCCAACAACUCGACACUCUGAAAAACAACUUUUAGUGCGUAUCUAAUGUGCGCCGGCUGGAGCGAGCGGAGCAGCUACUGGAUCUCGGCUGCAAAAAGUUAAGACGACUUUCUCGGUGACGACGGGGAUCAAGAGCCGCUGUUUUUAGGAUCCGGUUUUUAGGGCUUCAUAUCUCCGUGUUGGUUCCUCCUGCAAAGGCUCGGUCACUUGCUGGCUUGAAAGUUGCAUCACGAUGGAAACGGUCAUCAGCAGCCCCGGCGAGCAAAACCACUCGACGACGUUCAUCACAAUCUUCAACUCUAGCUGUCGCUUUGACGAGGAGUUCAAAUACAUCCUGCUACCCGUGUCGUACAGUCUGGUGUUUGUGGUCGGCCUGGUGCUCAACGCCACAGCUCUGUGGUUGUUCUUAAAGAUGCGUCCGUGGAACCCCAGUACGGUCUUCAUGUUCCACCUCGCCCUGUCCGACUUCCUGUACGUGCUCUCCCUGCCCACCCUCAUCUACUACUACGCCAACCGCAGUCACUGGCCUUUUGGAGUGGCCGCCUGCAAAAUAGUGCGCUUUCUUUUCUAUGUCAACCUCUACUGCAGCAUCCUCUUUCUCACCUGCAUCAGCGUGCACCGCUAUCUGGGCAUCUGCCACCCGAUCAAGGCGCUGACCAAGGUGAAGUCCCGCCACGCCCACUUGGUGUGCGGCAUGGUGUGGGCCGUGGUGAGCGUGUGCCUGGUGCCCAACCUCAUCUUCGUUACCACCUCCAGGAGGGACAAUGACACCAUGUGCCACGACACAACCAGCCAGGAUGCCUUUGAGGAGUAUGUGGACUACAGCUCUGUCGUCAUGGUGCUCCUGUUUGGCAUCCCGUUCCUGGUCAUUGUGGUGUGCUACUGCUUGAUGGCACGGACCCUGUGCCGACCAAGACGGGGGUUAUCUGCCAGCCAGCAAGGCGACGCCUCACGUCAGAAGUCCAUCAAGCUCAUCGUCGUGGUGUUGGUGGUGUUUGCGGUGAGCUUCGUCCCAUUUCACGUCACGCGGACGCUCUACUACACCGCCCGUGUGUUAGACCUUAAAUGUGAAUUCCUCAACAUUGUCAACUUUACUUACAAGAUCACCAGGCCGCUGGCCAGCAUCAACAGCUGUAUUGACCCAAUUCUGUAUUUCCUGGCUGGGGAUCACUACCGGUCCAAAAUGAUGUCUGCUCUGAUGGGAAAAAGACAGACGACAAGCAGCCAAUCACCUGAACGGGUGCAAACACAGCCGAGCAACAACCCUGGCAUCGCGCUGGUCUAUAAGAACCCAGCCCUUGAAGCUGGUGAAGAUUUUAAGACAUAGCAGGAAAUAUAUUGCAGAAUACUAAAGUAAUGAACAUGUAUUAAAGAUGUCAGCUCCAGGCUAACAUUUCUAAUAGCACAUUCAGAAGCACCUGGUUUCUUUUUUUUUUUUGCACUGAGAGCAGGUUUGGAAGAGAAUCGGUGUACUGUAACAUUCACUUACAGUAAAUGUCUUCACUCCAUCAAACUUCUGUAAUGCCUGUGUUUAACAGGCAUAAAGACCAUGUUUCAAUUCCCUUCAAUUUUCUGAGAAUAAUGCGUUUUCAAGAUUAAAUUCAAAAGGGGAAGAGUUAGCGUGCAGUCUCCUACCACAAAGGGAUUAUUACACCGAACUCAAGUCGAAAUAGAAACUUUAAGCUACUGUAUACUGUUCUUCUUUGGGGCUAAUGCAGAAGAACAUGUUUCACUUUCAAAUUGUUGGAUCAGAAUCUGAGACACCUGGGUAAAAGAGUUUGACGCAAGGCGGUCGAAAGUGCAUUAAAGUAAUUCAUAGAAUAUUUAGUCAGUGGAUUGUUGUCAUCGAUCAGACACACAUUGAGCCAAAUAUUCAAGUUCAUAUCCAAUCAAAGAUGACAAACAGCCUAGCUAUUGUGUCAGAAAUGAGGUAAUUAUGAGGCAAUCCUUCCUGUUGUAUCAACAAUGUCUGCAGCUACAGCCAGUGCAGCUCCGGAUCCCAGCUGUUUUUGUCCUUCAACUUUCACAGCUGUCUUUUGCUCAACUAUGGAUAGAAGCAAAGAGGCUGCUCUGGACAAGAGAGAUAUUUUCAAACCACCCACGCCUCAGUAGUGGGAUCGGGGAUUUUUUCUUUUUACCCUUUUACCUUUGGGAUUGAUACUUGGAAUUUAAAGCCCCUUUUUUCUAACAGCAAUUUAGGUUGAACUCCUUGAUGGUUUUUGCAGGAUGUGAAAGCAGUGUUGGAAAGUUUUACUAAAUGCUACAGAGCACUCGUCCCUCCACCCUCCAAUGCUGGAGCAGAUAAAGCUCUGUGUGUCAUGUGGUUCUCGUGAUAUUGAGUAUGAGCACUAUCUUUGAAGAUGUUUUUGUAUUUACCGUUUGGUAUGUAUCAUAAAGUUUUACAUCAUGAGUAACUGGUGUUUACUGUCUGUCACGUAUUAUCAGCUGAUUAUGCCAUGUGAAAAAUCCCCCACGAUAUCAUUAAGCUCCAAUUUCUUAGUCAACUCAGCCUCCUGAAAAGAGCGAUGUCAAGUAAUGAAAUUCUGUCAUUUGUGUAUUUCAGCCAGGCUGAAACUAGCUCCACUUGCUGUGAUCUGAAUAGAUGGAGUGCUUUGGAUGUGAAAGCAGAGUAUGUGACUAACACAUCAAUAACAACAAUAGUUCUCAUUGGAUGAAAGAUAAAGAGAUAAGAUAAGAUAAAGAGCAAAGCCCCAAACAUAGGAUAAACCCUUUGAAUUUUCACUGAAGUCACUUUAAAAUGAAAAAAAGCUUCACUACUUCCACAAUGUGUGACACAAUCUAAUGUAUAAUUGAUAUGAGCUUGUUCCAGUGCUUCAUUGCAGCUACAUGAUGCUUGCUUAUUCACAGCUAAAACUCCACAUUUUUUUAUGGAUAGGUCUAAAAUGUCUACGUAAUGCAUAUGCAUCCUUUUAAUCACAUAAUCCAAUCAAAUGGCCUGCCACAUUUGGUAUCUUUUGAAAACAUCAGGGUUUUGACAGGAAUUUCAAAUCAUGUUAAGUUUGUCCACACCACACAAGUUAUGACCAACCCAUGGGGAAGUUGUUUGAAGAGGCUAAACUUCAUGUCAUUACAGAUAAUCUAUCAAGAAAGAGAUAUAGCAUAUUUACAUAAAAUAUCCAAUAGAAUAAUAGUGCAGUAGUACCCAGUAGUGAUCUUAUGGCUUAUAAUAACAAUGUUGCAAUAAUGAUAAUAAUUAUAGUCUAAAUGACAAUAAUCUGUCUAUAAUAUACAACAAUAAUUGAUCACAAACAUAAUCAGCACUGCUAGUCACUUCAGACUCUUUACAUGUUAACUCUCACCAGCAGGCCUACAAGCAGUCCCUCUAUGGUCCACCAUCUCUCCGCAUGUACAAGGUGACAUUAAGUUGCUAAUUUGACACGUGAUCUAAUGUCAAUAAUGAAAAUAAAUCCAAGGUUUCAAACUAUUGGCCAAGAGGUCAGCUCUGUGUGCCCUUCUCAACGUUUGACCUCAGUUUCACUCUGUGGUGAUGCAGCUCGUUCCCUCCCGUGAUGUAAGCUUAUGAGCGCCCCCCUGUGGUGACACGUUAACAGGAAGUCGCACUCAGCAGCAGACCAUGGAGCUCAACGACUCAGCUGGGUGUCUCAGGUAAAUGAGUUAGAGAACUUGUUGCAGGUAAAUUACUGAGAAGAAAUUCUCGUCAUUUUUGAAAGGCGUCACAUUUUCGUGUGUGCACGGUGCACGGUGGGUAUUGGGCCCUCAGCGCUGUCUAACAGACAAAGAACGAGGCCAGAAGAAGGUAGCACACAUAACACAAACACGGUGAUAUGGUCACCAUAUUAAACCUGAUAAACUGCCGAGUUAUAACCUCAGCCUGGAAACACAAACCUGGAACAGAGGCUGACGUGAGAGCGCGUGGACGCAUCCAUCGAACUGCGUUCGGUUUACACUCCGGUGGAAGCAAACGUUCAUGUAAAGACACUUUUAUUUUUCGUGUGUGAUCAUAUCUGCAGCAGCUUCUGAGCUCGGUCUUCUACGGGGACACCAAGUAGGAUGUGUCUUUGCAAGUUCCCUUUGCAGAGCAGGUGUCAACACAGUGCAGAAGAGGGUCAACGUGGAGGGCGAACCUAAUUAAAAUACAGAGAAAAGCAGAGAAAUCCUGUUAUUGCAAAGUAUUUUGUUUGUUUGUUACUUACAGAAUAACCCAUGUGAUCUGUUCGGUGCAUUGUGCAAAGGAGAUGAUGAAAUGAUCUCUCUGGGCAAAUUGCAUCCUCUCAGUCUGUAUUGUUGACCUGCUUUUCUGCCCUUUUGGAUGAAAGUUUGGUGGUCUUGAAAUUAUCCUUGAAGGAUGAAAAGAGGAUUUGGAUUGCAUAUAAUAGAAUUGAGCUAAAUUACAUCUUUUUUCUGUUGUGUUACGCUGAAUGCUGAGCCACAUGUCCCCUCUCUCUAAGCUCUGAAAAAUCUCCCUCUGCUGAAACUGUUUAAUUACCACUCAGAUAAACUGAAGACUCAUCGCCAUCAGGCUGAUUUUCUGCAGUCACUUGAUGUUUCUUUGACACCUGUCCGCUAUACUAUUUUGUGAUUUAGAAAUAUUCGUCUCAUCCGUCACUUUUAUGUGUCUGGCUGCCCUUAUAGGAGGCAUAGUUUCAUGAAAUCACAUAUUGCUCUAAAUAAUUGAAAUGAUGACGUCAUGCUGCCAGGAUAUGUUGGUGACUGUGCGUCGGUCUGGAGAAGUGUGAGCACAAGUGUGUGCGUUGUACGGUCUGCUUAGACACAUUGCUUUAUGAAUCUGGAGAAACGAUGUCCCCUUGAAACUACACAAUGCUUUAAGAUACUGAGAAAUAGUUUAUUUCUUCACGGAAUUAUCAAAUAUUGCCUAUAUAUUCGCCUAAAUAUCAUUUCAGAUGCUAUGUGCUUUUCGUUUGGUGCAAUAUGUUGUCCUGUAGGAUUUUUAAUAACUAAUAUUAGUUGACAGUAAUGCUUCAUUUUAUUAGGUUUUAAGACUGUGUAGAACAAGUCCGGGUUAUAUGUCACCAUAGCCUCUCUCGACGCCUGUAAGACAGCAACAAGGGUAAUUUCGCCCUGGCUAUAAUUGACGUAUUCGUGUACUAAAUGUGUUGGUGCUCAGGGAAAACGCAUAUGAAGCAAUAAAUGGCCGAGUCUGUCGUUUACACCGAUUCUGAGACCCGUUAAUGAGGUAUCCAUUCAUUUUUAAUUUUAGGAUGGAGAUAUUUGAUCUUAAUUAGUAAAUGUAACGGAGCCCUGUCGCUUUAAUUGUGACAAAGCAGUAGUAUUAAUGCGUUUAAAAAAUAUUUUACAAAUAUUGCCCCAGACAACAACUUAUCGAAAACCACAUCAAAAAAUACUAACAUAAAUAAUUUAAUAUACUCUUUGAUUUUACAUUAGCUGAAUAAAACCCUCUAUUUUAAUGAGCCCAAAUAACCACGUCAAAUGAUCGCAUUAAAAAUACCAAAAUAAUGCGCCAUGGGAUAGAUUAUGUUUAUUCUGUAAAACAUCUCAACCAGUUGCAGACGUUUCGAUUAAAAAAAGAGAAAGAUUAGACGUGCUUAUUUAGAUCUGUGCGCGUGAAUUCUCCAGGUUUACUUGAGUUAGUUACAAGACUUUUUUUUUUUGUUUUUCCCUUAAUCGACCAGCUUGCAGACAUCACCACUGAACAAGACACUUGAUGUCCUCGGGCAGUGAGGAUGUCUGUGCUCAAGGACGCUGUGGAAAGCGAAUGCAAUCAAUGACCGGAUUCACGGGAUGAGAAGCACGUUUUUGUUUUUUUUUUUGUUUUUUUUUAUUCUUAUCGAAAUAUAGAAUAAAACACCCCGUCUGUGAGCAGCGCGUUUCAGACUGCUGAGAGAAAUGUGACAGAGUAGCCAUGUCUUAUCCUGUAGUAUACUUUUAAAGCUUUCCAUCAACAGUUUUCAUACUACCAAAAAUCCAUAAACUUAAAGCAAUUGCAGCUGAUUUAUUAUGGACCGUAAACAUAUUUUGGACGGUUUAAGCCUCCUUGUUUUAGAGCUAUUUCAUCCGAGAGGAUGAAUACAGGUUUUCCAAGAGAAAACUACAUGAUUAUAAUCUCACAUGUCAACUACCUAAACGGAGUCGAGGAAAAUACAAAACAUUCCAUCAUCAAAAUAUAAAAUGUAAACUCAAGUGCAGAAAUAUUUGUGUUGAAUUGAAGACAUAUUUCUGUCAGUACAUCAAAACUUAAAUACAUUUGGUAUUGAUUGUGAGAUACGCCCACGCCUCGGCCCUAAAGUGAUGCAUUUGUUGAGCCUUGAACAUUUUUUUUCUGCGUUUUUAUUUUUUUUCCCCUCUGUUGUUUGUCAAAUUAUAAGGCAGAGGCGAGGGAUUUCAAGGAUUUCCAAUUUAAUCGAAGAGGCUGAGAGUGGAGUGGAAGAGUGACACACGGAGGAGAGAAGUUCAUUAUUCUGCUGAAAAGGAAACCAAUGGCUUUCACAGUCGCCAUGGUAACUGGCCUUUCUUUUGCCGUCAGACCUAUGAUAAGGUACUUCACAGCAUUAAGCACAAUUAUUGCAAGGUAAAAGGGGAAAUAUUGCUUUCCAAUGCUAAUAGAUGUUAGAUAUUGAUUGGCAUAGUGAUUCGUAUAGAAGUGUGGCCCAACUGUUUCACCUGCCUGACUCUCUGCAACCUUUUAAAGAAAUGUGAUGAAGGUGAUGCUGGAUGGGCCUUUGUGGCUCUGUGGGCUCUGUGGGCUCUUUCAUCUUUACUUUACCUGAAUAUCAGGAAGAAAAAAAAAAACCACUUGUGACGGGAAGAAGAUGAAGACAAAUUCAUCAGCGAAACAAGCUAGAAAACUACAAAAAAAACCAAGAGUUUUGAGUUUCUUUCUCUGGGAAAAAAAAUCUGCAUGCGUUUCCAGCUCUCUUGUGCAAAAUGUCUCAUAACAUAAAUACUAAACACCCGCUGCUUCCCAUCAUUAGCAUGUCAUUCUGUUGUCGGGUGACCCCGCUCACACUCUCUCACAAUGGCGGGUCGGCCUUGGCAGCAGCGAGGUCAGCGCCAAGCACAAGUCCAGACCAUGGGGGGGGGGGGGCUGUUGGUUAGUGGUAGCCUGCUCAGUUGGUGAGAGGAUGGAGGAUUAGCUCGGUGGAAAGCAUGGGAGGUGGUGUGUGUGUGUAUAUGUGUGUGUGUGUGUGUGUGUGUGUGUGUGUGCAGGGAUAGGGUGGUGGGGGGCAAAUUGUUUUAACCCCUAUUACAGCAACCGCAUGGCGCUUCUCUUAUCUAGGCCGCUGCAGCCACUCAUUAAUAUUCCGUACAUAUGGCAGUGCUUUCUGUAUCAUUGUCUAUUAAUGGGAGGGAUAAUCGCUCAUUCAAUUAUCAGGCAGUCAGCAAAAGACCAACCGUGCCUGCGCACCCUCUGGUUCACACAGUGGCACAGCCCAAAACAGAGGUGUGCCAGUGAGAAGGUGAGAGCGAUAGCGGGGAUUACAACAUAUUAGCUUCUUUAAUAAGUCAGGCGGCGGGAAUAAUGUGAUGCUAACAGGGCUCUGUUGGCGAACAAGAAACAUGCCUGAACUUUGUGUCAACAAAGCGGAGGAGGGCCGUAUCUUAAACCUUCUUCCUGUUCGACUUAAAAGUCCCGCAUGCCUCUCACACACAUCAGUGUCACGGCCGUGAUCCACGUGACAGUUUCAGAGAUGCUUUUAAACACUGAAGCGACUCCUUUGUGGCGAUGACCCGUGGCCAGAAAAGGUCGAGGAUAGCCGUGUGAUAGACUCUGAAGGCCGCGCUAAAUAAAGCUUGACCCUGAUGUGUGCGGGCCACAAGAUCUGAGAAGUGAUCAAAUGUAGCGUUCAUCCCUGUUGAUCUGUGCUUUGUGGCCUCGGGACCCCGCGCUGCCUGUCUCCCUGCUGACCGAGGCCGCGGCCUGGAUAUGAAGGGGGGGGUGAUGAUAGUGUGACCUCAGGCGCUUUUGACCCGAGGAGACCUCGUUGAGUCAACACAAGCGCACCCGAGAGGGAAAGAGGGAGAGUUGGAAUAAGCUUGUUUAGUGCAGCGAGUUUCUUCAGGAGGUGGGCCAGGAGAUUGGGAGUGCAGAAACUGUUGCAAGCGGGGGUGUGAAAAAGAUAGGAGGUGAAAUGUUAACAAAAUCUUAUAAAAUCCCUAGUUUGAUAAAUUUCCGCUCGCAUUUUGAAUGAACCGAAGGCGGCUGUGGUUGUGGAGGGCCUUUGUUGGAGGUCCCAUUUUCUCUGGCAGAGCAGCACGCUCACAGGGUCAGCGAAGUUACGAAAGUAAUUAAAGCUUGGUGAUUCACUGCCUGCUGCAGAGAAAAGAAAGCAAGCUGUCAUUCUGAUUUAGAAAAAUAAAUUACAAUUUUAAUAAUGGGGGAGGAUGGGGGUGCGAGAACG